CUCAUUCUAUAAUUUCUGAAAAACUUAAAAAUCUUUUUCAAAUCUUAUAAGAUUACGUCCUGAAAUUAUUGAAUGAGAAACAGAAUGUUUCAGAAUUCAUACACGUGAAAAGUUCUAAAAGAGACAAACUUUCUCCGCAUUUGCGAAAAGUGUACCAAUUUGUAUAAAAAAAUCUGAAAAAUUGUGAAAUUUACAUAAAAAUUAUGAAACAUUGUAUGAAAAAUUCUGACCAGAAACAUUUUUACGAGUAUAUUUCGCUUAUUGUUAGCUAAAGAUCACAUUCAUCCAAAUCGUAUCGUUUGCACGCCAGCGGCGUCUGUUAAUCAUCUCAAUUAUCACUUCGCAAUUGUUGCAGGUAAUCGAGAUCAGUAAGGCUGUUUAACAGCGAAGAUCGACGGAGGAUGAUCCGCACGAGACCGUCAGAAUCGGACGACGAGGGAGAGACCGGUAGCUUCGAUCGCGCCAUCGCGAUAACUCGCUACGGGAUGCGGCUGCUGGGCUUCUGGCCGCAGGACACGCGGCUCCUCUGCGAUUUACGGUGCGGCGCGAUCUUCCUGCUGACCGGCUUCUUCAUGUUCCCCGCGGCCGCGCAAACGUACACCGUGGUGUACACGGUGACGGAUUGGAACUCGGUGCUGCGCCAGGCCCUCCGCAUGGUCCCGAUAAUCCCGCUCUUGGCGAGAUUCGUCUUCAUGAAGGUGAUGGCCGGCAACUUCCGGCUCGUUCUCCGUACGAUGACCGCCGACUGGGUGGACUAUCGCUAUCUGGCCAGGUCGGGCCGACGGGUCAUGGUCUACUAUGCUAACAGAGGCAGGCGGUUCAGCAUACUUAGCACCGCGCUUCUGAUGCUGUCUGUAACGGGAUUCAUGUUAACACCGGUCAUGAACAUGUGGCGCGGCGAUAGUCCCUGGAACGCGACGACCAGGACUUUACCUCACGAAGGACUCUAUCCCUUCCGCAACAAAGAGUCGCCCGCGUACGAGAUCCUGUACGUCGCGCAAUCGUUCAUAAUGUUCCUUGGCGCGACAGCACUGGCCACCGUGGACUGCUUCCUGUACAUCAUCGUGUUUCACGUGUGCGGGCAGUUCGACAUACUCGCCGCAAUCUUGAAACAGUACGACGGCUCCGUCAGACGUCACCACGCGAAAGACGCUUGCAACUGCAUCUGCCUCUCGUGCAUCGUGAAGCGACACGUGCACGUUCUGAGCUACGUGGACAUCAUAGAAAAGUCCUUCCGUGACUUCCUCCUUUUACAGUUACUGACUUACUGGAUUUGCCUGAUUUUACAGGGACGCGAACUUAUCUUGCAAGUUCGACACAGUAACAUUCACGGUAUUAUUACGACCAUUUUAUACGUGCUUACGAUUAUGUACUACAUUUUCAUAUACUGCUACGUCAGCGAGUGCAUCAUCGAAAAGGUAACUCGCGGAAAGAAGGCAGAAUUCUAUAUAUUUCUUAAUAAUAAAACGUGAUUUUGUGCCGACGAAGAGCGAAAAUAUCGGAACGAUAGCGCACGAUCUGGAGUGGCAGCGUUUCCCACGGGAUCCCAAUCUGCCUAUUAUAGUAGGACGCACGAUGAUACCUUGCAGACUCACCGCGGGAAGGUGUCUUACCUUAUCCUUCCCUUGCUACACCACGGUAAGCAAUUUCGCGAUCCUUCCUGAGUGUUUCAGAUCAUCCCGGUGUAUAUUAAUCCUUCUUGUCGUAUGUUUUCAGAUUCUGACGACGACGAUCUCGUACAUAUCCGUCCUCGCGGCAUUCAAAUGAACGAACCUUCAUCGACAAACGACGUUUGGUAUUUCUUCGUAAAUGUUACAUACGUUAAGUACGAAGGUAUUUUUUUGGAAUAAACAAACUCGUUGCGAAGGGGGAAACGAUAAGUGCGUGUGGGUUUUCAGAUAGCGACUAAAUGGGCACGAUCCUGCCCUAGUAGUACAAUAUAUCGGCGCAAUAUUGGGAAAUAAUGUAAAUCUAGUAUACUCAAUGUUGGUCUAAUAUUGCAAGAUGGACACCUCCUCUUAUUUAGCCAAUGUAUCUAUUUAGCGAUAUUGAUUUAAUAUCGUAUGAAUGUUAGACCAAAUAGCUCGUAUUUUGAAUCCUCUUUUGUCGACAAAAGCACCUCUAAAAGCGGUUUUGGAGUCGCUUCUAUUGAUGAAAGAGGGUU